UUUUCAGCAGCUCAGGUCAGUCCCUAGUUCACCCUCGCUUCAAGUUUUUGGAGCUGCUUCUUUCCACCCUUCAUGGCGAGGCUCUCUGCCUCAUCCAGACGCUGCUGCAUGUCCUUGACGGUGGUCUCCAGGUUCUUCUUCAUUCUCUCCAGGUGAGCACUGGUGUCCUGCUCCUUUUUCAGCUCCUCCGCCAUCAUGGCGGCCUGCAUGUUACAGUCACGCUUGUUACAUCGCUGCCUUCAGAGGGAACGUUGAGGAUGAACAUACGUCAGUGAUCGCUUUCUUGGCCUUCUCCUCUGCAUUCUGGGCCGUUUGGACACUGUCUUCUACCUCCCCGUGAAUCUGAGACAAGUCCGCCUCCAGCUUCUUACGACCGUUGAGCAAACUGGUAUUCUGCAAAAUAAAUGAAAUUACAAUUAGACACCAAGCAAUCAAGCAUUUCAUCAUUUUUUGCCAUUGGUCAUUAUUGGGCAUUCAUUAUUCCUCAUAUUACUAAUCUCCAUUAUUUAUAGUUGCGUAAUGUUGUGUUCUUCUAGCUAAACAUCACAUUGUGCUGAGAAACUGUAAGCAACAAGUUUUCUAGCCAGAAGAAUGUUGUACGUUUUAAAUCUUUGAGAUUGCAAAAGUGUUUUUGGAUGUUCAAACCUGCGAGUGAAGAAGCUGAACCCUUUCCCCGGCAUCCAGCAGCUCCUGCUCGGCCAGCUUGCGACUCCUCUCUGUUUGCUCUAGGGCAGCUCUGAUUUCCUCCAUUUCUGCCUGGCAACCUGCUCCUUAAUGUCCUCGUUGCUUCUCAGCACAUCAUCGAGCUGAAUCUGGACCUCCUGAGUGGGAUUACAAAGGGCUCAUUGAGAGUGCAGACCUAAUGUUUGCUGUAUGUUAUUGUUUUAUUAACUUGUUAGCUGAGUGAGUAAAUAUUUUAUAGUAAUUAUAGAAAUAUUUUUUCACUAAUUUAACUGAAUGGAUGAACAUUAAUUUAAGUAGGUUAUAGAAACAAAGUGCAUUCACAUAAUCAGCAGUCAGAUAGGAUGUACUAUGCUGGGAGUGCAUGUGCUACUUUGUACAGAAAAAGGUGCUGAUGAGUCCUACCACGUCAGCUAAGAUGCAAUUCUCAGCUGUUGUCAUGACACAUAUCACCUUAUUCCUUCUCAUAACGAACACAUAAGGGGAGGUGAAAUUUGUUUAAGUUACUAAAGUGGUCCUUGUGGCUUUAUUAAGAUGCAGAGAAUUUCAUCUCCAACAAUUUUCUGACAUACUUUGCUCACCUUCAGCUGAACUUGAACGUUCCUCAACUGUUUCUGGGCCUCUGCUGCUUGCCUGUUGGCAUGGCUCAGCUGGAUCUCCAUCUCGUUGAGGUCUCCCUCCAUUUUCUUCUUGACUCUCAGCGCGUCAUUCCUGCUCCUCACUUCAACAUCCAGGUUGCUUUGGAUGAUGUCGAUGGUCCGCUGACUGUUUCUCUUCAUUUGCUCGAGCUCUUCAUCCUUCUCAGUUAUCUUCUUGUCCACUUCACUCUUCACCUGGUUAAGCUCCAGCUGGACUCGCAGGAUCUUGGACUCCUCAUGUUCCAAGGAGGCCUGCAUGGAGACAAUAGUGGUCACAAGGAACAAAGAUGGACAAUGUUGUGGAUAACGUCUGUUCACCUCAGCUUCCUCCAGAGACGUCUGGGCCUCCAAUUUUUCCUGCUCAGCCUGCUUCUUGGAUUUUUCCAACUCAUGGAUGUUUUUUCCCAUUUCUCCCAGCUGCUCAGUGAGAUCCAAAAUCUCCUCUGGAAUAAAAACACCAACGUUGCUUCGGCAACGUCCAUGUAUAAAAACUAUGUACGACUCAGUGAAGGCCUUACGUUGUAGGUUCUUGUUUUCCCGCUUGAGCGUCUCCACUUGCUCCAAACAUUCUUCAAACGCAUUCUUCAUCUUGAAGUUCUCGGUGCCCAAAGACCGCACUUCUUUGAGAGCUGACUCCAGCUCUACCUGACUCUCCUCGUACUUCUGCUUCCACUCAGCUAAAACCUGCAGGAAGAUGAUAGAAGACUUAAACCUAAACGUGACCAUGAUGAUGUUAAUCUCUGUGUAGCAAGGUCUAAAAAAACAAAACCUUAUCAAAAUUUCUCUGCCUCUUGUCCAAAGUGGCGGCAGUGGCAUUGGACCUCUCGACCUCCAUCAUCAGGUCCUCCACCUCUCCCUGCAGCCUUUGCUUUGUCUUUUCCAGAGACGAGCACUUGGAGUUGACGGCUUCCAUGGCUUCUUCUGCUUCUUGCAGACGCAGUGCCAGCUUCUUCCUGCAAGAAAAAAAACACACCUUGUUAAAAGCCACAAGGCCCCGCUCCCUUGAUGAAGCAGUGUUUCUCACUUGGCUUCCUCCAGCUCCUCGUUACGCUGGAUGGCGUCCGUCUCGUAUUUGGUCCUCCACUGGGCCACGUCGCUGUUGGCCUUGGAGAGGCAGCGAUGAAGCUCAGCUUUGGCCUCCUGCUCCUCUUCGAACUGCUCCCUCAGCAGCUCACAGUCGUGUUGGCUGGACUGCAAGCCGUGGGCCAGCGCGCUCUUUGCCUUCAGGCAAAUGGCAGGCAUGGCAUAUCUUGUUUCUUCUGUCUCACGUGAUUAUUAUUUUUUUAUUUUUUUAUUUUAUUUUAUGCUCACCUUCACCAUCUCCUCGUGAAGCCUUUUCAGCUCCUCAAUCUGCUGAAGGAAGCCUUGCUUUCCCCGGGUGAACUGAGAGAGAAGAGCUUCCUUCUCCUCCAGGUGGCGAGACAUUUCAACUGUAGUGCGAGUGGAAACCAACAAUGACAACCAUGUUCACUUGAUACUGACAUGCUCAGGUCUUGUUUACCGUUUUCUGUCUGCAGCCGAGUGUUUUGGCUAGAAAGGUCGUUUAUGAGCCUCUGCUGCUCCUCCCCUUUGGCUUUGACCUCACUCAGUUGAUCUUCAAGGGAACGGCACAUUUUCUCUAAAUUAAUCUUAGAGGAAGAGGGUUUCCUGUUAGCAUGACGCGGUCAUCAUCCUUUAAUGAUAAAACAUGACACAGCGAUUUAACCCAGCCUCACUUUGGCUUUGGCCACACUCUCCAAAUUGCUGGACAGGUCAUCCAUCUCCAGCCUCAGCUCGCUCUUCUCUUUGUCCAGUUUCUGCCGGACCCUCUGGACGUUGUCCAGCUGAUCCCCCAGCUCGGCCACACUGUCAGCAUGCUUCUUGCGCAAGGCGGCGGACGUGGCCUCGUGCUGCAGUGAACGCUCCUCCAGCUCUCUACGCAGUUUGAGGAACUCUGCCUCCUGCUUCUUGUUCACCUCCACCUGAGCAGCAGUAGAUGCUCCGGCCUCCUCCAGCCUCUCCGUGAUGUCCUCCAGCUCUCGGGACAAAUCUGACCUCUGCUUCUCGACUUUGGCUUGAGCGGCACGCUCAACCUCCAUUUCCUCCUGCACAUUCAAGUACUCACACUUAGUCUUUUCAUUACAUAAGUGCACACGAGUACUUACACUUCAUCUUUCAAUUGCAUAAGUGCACAUUUUCGUACUUACACUUAGUCUUCCAUUUGAGACACAGCCUUCCUCACUUUACAAGGUGUUGUCUUCUUGUCUGUGUUUCACCCGUUUAGGAAAAGAGUUAGUAGAAGUAGAAAUGGAUUCCAAGGUAACAGAGGCGGAGAACGUGUGGAAGAUGGACCCAACCUGGACCACCACAGUUCUCCUGGUGCCCUGCGUGGUGGUUCUCACAGUCGGAAUGUUCUACGUGUAUACGCUGGUGCUGGGUCUGCUGUCCAAAAGCUCCGUACGCAACAAGGUGGUGCUGGUGAGCGACGCUUUGUCUGGCCUUGGCAAAGAAUGUUCCAGUGUCUUCCACAAAGACGGCGCCAGGUUGAUCCUGUGUGGGAAAAGCUGGGAGAAACUUCAGAAGCUUUCAGGCAACUUGGUGGACACCUCCGACCCCAGCGUGACCUUCCCUCCUAAGCUGGUGCUGCUGGAUUUUGGGGACAUGGAGAACCUCCCCGAGGCCAUGGCGGAGAUCCUGGAGUGUUACGGCUGCUUGGACGUUGUCAUUCUCAACAGCAGCAUGAAGGUCAAAGCGCCUGCACACACUUUGUCUCUGGAGAUGGACAAGCUGCUGAUGGACAACAACUACUUUGGACCCGUCAUGCUGGCUAAAGGUGUGCUUCCCUCCAUGAUGUCCCGGCGGUCCGGUCACCUGCUGGUGGUCAACAGCAUUCAAGGAAAACUGGCCGUGCCCUUUCGCACCUCCUAUGCCGCUUCCAAGCAUGCCGUCCAAGCCUUUUUUGACUGCCUGCGUGCUGAGGUGGAGGAGUUCGGCAUCUCUGUUAGCACCAUAAAUGUCACCUUCAUCAGUGGACGUGCGUCUGAACAGCAGACAGCCUCGUCCAAGUCCUUCUGGUCAUUUUUGUACACAAAAAAGCCGCUGGGCGUUUCUCCACAUGAGGCAGCCAGCGAGGUGGCCAAGAUUUUGAGCAACAAGAAGAAAGAGGUGCUGAUUGCACCCUCGCUCCCAAAGGUGGCCAUCUACGCCAGGUCCUUCUUCCCCAACGUCUUCUUUGCCGUAAUGUCAGCGGGUGUGAAGGAUGCAGACGGCAAAAUGUAGAACU